AUGGCGGAAGGACGCAGAGACCCGCCGCUCCAUCCUCUCCUCUCCCUGCCACCGGCUAGCAAACGACCGUGCCUGCGCCCCGCUCCCCGGGGUCCCGGCCCCGGGCCCGGCAGCGGGCUAUCCGCGUCCCGGCACCGCUCCCCGGAGUCCCUGCUGGACUGCGCGGCGAAGAGGGUGGCGGAGAAGUGGGCCUUCGAGAGGGUCGAGGAGCGCUUCGAGCGGAUCCCGGAGCCCGUGCAGCGCCGCAUCGUUUACUGGUCCUUCCGCAACGAGAAGGAGAUAUGCAUGUACUCGUCCUUUCAGUGCCGGGUAGCCGGCGAGGAGAGUCCGGCUGCGGCUACUGCCACGAGCGUCGGGGGUGCCAGCUCCGGAGCCCCGACCGCCGCAAGCGCCGCUGCUACGACGACGACGGCGGCGGCGGUGGGAACGAGCGGAGCGGUGGGACCGGAAGACGCGCUGCCUUUCCGCCGCGGGAUCAAGUUACUUGAGACCGGCUGCGUGGAAAACGUGUUACAAGUCGGGUUUCACCUGAGCGGCACCGUCACUGAGCCCGCCUCCCCCUCAGAGCCGGAGGUCACCCACAAGGUGGCCAUCAGCUUCGAUCGUUGCAAAAUAACCUCCGUCACCUGCGGCUGCGGGAACCGCGACAUCUUCUACUGCGCCCACGUGGUGGCGCUGUCCCUGUACAGGAUCCGCAAACCCGAACAGGUGAAGCUCCGCUUGCCCAUCUCCGAGACCCUGUUCCAGAUGAACCGGGACCAGCUGCAGAAACUGGUCCAGUACCUGAUCACAGCCCACCACACAGAGGUGCUGCCCACGGCUCAGAAGCUGGCAGAUGAGAUCCUCUCAUCCAACUCUGAGAUCAACCAGGUUCAUGGUGCUCCCGAUCCCACCGCCGGCGCCAGCAUCGACGACGACAACUGCUGGCACCUGGACGAGGAUCAAGUCCGGGAACAGGUCAAGCAGUUCCUGUCCCAGGGAGGCUACUACGGCUCUGGCAAGCAGCUCAAUUCCAUGUUUGCUAAGGUGCGUGAGAUGCUCCGGAUGCGAGACUCCAACGGCGCCCGGAUGCUGACCCUCAUAACGGAGCAGUUUAUGGCGGAUCCCCGACUGUCGCUAUGGAGACAGCAAGGCACGGGCAUGACGGACAAAUGCCGGCAGCUUUGGGACGAGCUGGGUGCCUUGUGGGUGUGCGUGGUGCUGAACCCGCACUGCAAGGGCGAGGAGAAGAGCGGCUGGGUGAAGCAGCUGAAGAAGUGGAGCGACAUGGACGUCUGCCCGCUGGAGGACGGCAACUACGGCAGCGAGCUACCCAACAUCACCAACGCUCUACCGCAGAGCCACCUGGCCCAGGACUCCCUGUCCAGGCCCAGGAGGACCGUGUUCAGCCGGGCCGUGGAGGCCUGCAGCCUGCACUGGCAGGGCAGCCACCUGCAGAGAAUCAUCAGCAGUGACUACUACAUGUCUGCCUCCUACCACCGGGACCAGGACCGCCUGCUCUUCAACCCCCAGGGCCUUCCCCUAUGGCUGGACCACGUACCCACCGCCUGCGCCCGGGUCGACGCCCUGCGUUCCCACGGCUACUCCAGGGAAGCCCUGCGGCUGGCGGUGGCCAUCAUCAACACGCUCCGCCUCCUGCAACAGCGAGAGAUGGACAUCUACAAGCACCAAAAGAAAGAGCUGCUCCAGCGGGGCUUGACCACCACCACCAACCUGGAGGGCUGGGUUGGACAUCCCCUGGACCCCAUUGGCUGCCUGUUUGCCACGCUGACGGAAACCUGCCGCGUGGACGACGACAGCACCAUGGACACUGGAGACGGUGAGGCCAGAAGUCCGGUCUACCAGCAUGUUCCAGUCUGGGGGAGUCCUGAUGGAGGAGAGUCUUACCUGACUCUGGCCCUGGAGGUGACUCUGAUGGGGAUGGGCCAGCAGAGGAUCAUGCCAGAGGGUCUCUAUGCCCAGGACAAGGUUUGUCGCAACGAGGAGCAGAUAGUUGCAAAGCUGCAGGAGCUGGAACUGGACGAGCUGCUGGUGCAGACCCUCAGGAAGCAGGCCCUACAACUUCUAGAAGCCGGACCCUUCAGUGGCCUAGGAGAGGUCAUCCACAGAGAGAGUGUUCCUAUGCACACCUUCACCAAGUACCUCUUCUCUGCUCUGUUGCCACAUGACACUGACCUGGCCUACAAGGUGGCUCUACGCGCCAUGAGGUUGCCAGUUCUGGAGUCGUCGGUGGGCUCUGGGGACGUGGGCCACCCCCACCACGGCAUCUCCAUAGUUCCCAGUCGCUACCCUCGCUGGUUCACACUGGGACACCUGGAGUCACAGCAGUGCGAGCUAGCCUCCACCAUGCUAACUGCUGCUAAAGGAGACAUGCUGAGACUGAGGACGGUGCUGGAGGCCAUCCAGAAGAACAUUCACUCCUCCUCCCUCAUCUACAAGCUGGCCCAGGACGCCUUCAAGAUAGCAACACCCGCAGACAGUCCUGCUGACAUCACCCUGCUCAAUGUGGCCCUGGAGCUGGGUCUGCAGGUGAUGAGGAUGACCCUGUCCACUCUGAACUGGAGGAGGAGAGAGAUGGUCCGCUGGUUGGUCACCUGUGCCACUGAAGUCGGUCUCCGGGCGCUGGUGAGCAUCCUGCAGGGCUGGUACACGCUCUUCACGCCCACCGAGGCCACCAGCAUCGUGGCGGCCACCGUCAUGUCCCACAACACCAUCCUGCGCCUCAGCCUGGACUACCCGCAGCGGGAGGAGCUGGCCAGCUGCGCCCGGACGCUGGCGCUGCAGUGCGCCAUGAAGGACCCGCAGAACUGCGCCCUGUCGGCGCUCACGCUCUGCGAGAAGGACCACAUCGCCUUCGAGACGGCCUACCAGAUCGUGAUCGACGCUGCGUCCACCGGCAUGACGUACUCGCAGCUCUUCACCAUCGCCCGCUACAUGGAGCACCGGGGCUACCCGCUGCGCUCCUUCAAGCUGGCCUCUCUGGCCAUGACCCACCUGAACCUGGCCUACAACCAGGACACGCACCCGGCCAUCAACGACGUCCUGUGGGCCUGCGCGCUCAGCCACUCCCUGGGCAAGAACGAGCUGGCCGCCAUCAUCCCCCUGGUGGUGAAGAGCGUCCACUGCGCCACGGUCUUGUCGGACAUCCUGCGCCGGUGCACCAUGACGGCGCCGGGUCUGGCCGGCAUCCCCGGCCGGCGCAACUCCGGCAAGCUGAUGUCGACGGACAAGGCGCCGCUCCGGCAGUUGCUGGACGCCACCAUCUCGGCGUACAUCAACACCACGCACUCUCGGCUGACCCACAUCAGUCCCAGGCACUACGGCGAGUUCAUCGAGUUCCUGAGCAAAGCCCGGGAGACUUUCCUGCUGGCCCAGGACGGCCACAUCCAGUUCGCCCAGUUCAUAGACAACCUGAAGCAGAUCUACAAGGGCAAGAAGAAACUCAUGAUGCUGGUCCGGGAGCGCUUCGGUUGACCCGGGACCACUUUCAGGAAGUAGCUCCUUGCUAUUUAAGACUUUUUUUCUACUUCUUCAGUUGAGCCAUUUUGUUUGGGUUUUGAAUGUGAACCAGGAAGCUCCGGAUGUCCAAGAUCUCUCCGAGCAACGAAUGUCACGUGAGGGGAAGAACUCAUCAUAAGAUUGUGAAAACUAGCUUUUGUGUGGCAGGCGAUAGGAAAAACCACAGAGUCCAAAAAGACGGACGUGUUCCUGGGUCUGACUGUACUUGUCAGCUUUAGGGCCUCUCGGUUCAUUCAGGGCAACACAAGACCCGACCGAGCACGUGCGGUGACAAAGUCCAAAGAUCAGACCAGCUCCGCGUACUUCAUUCCUGUUCCUGCUCUUGCUAGGACCGGAGGCCAGUUUUGGGAGAGAUUCACCGUUACCUCACCGUUCAGGUCUGGGAGUUGCUUGGAGUCCUGCGUGGUCCUUGUCAGUUGUGUCAGCUCUUUCCAUGGCCAGACUUCCUCUUUCACAUUCCUAAAUAUAGUCCUUUGGUUGUUGGGUCACACCUCCUGAAAAGUAAGCCACAGUCCACACACACAGACUAGGACCGAGUGUCUGAGCCACUAGGGCAGGGGUGUCCACACACACAGACUAGGACCAAGCUUCUGAGCCACUAGGGCAGGGGUGUCCACACACACACAGACUAGGUCUGAGCCACUAGGGCAGGGGUGUCCACACACACAAACUAGGACCGAGCGUCUGAGCCACUAGGGCGGGGGUGUCCACACACACAGACUAGGACCGAGCGUCUGAGCCACUAGAGCAGGGGUGUCUAAACUACGUUUAUUAAAGAACUUAAUUGGAAAUAUCUGACAGGAUCAUUGCUGCACAUUUGUCGCAUCUUGUGGACAUUGUGACUAAUGCAGGUUAAUGACCAUGAAUUGCACAUUGAAGUGUGCACAGCGCACAUCAUUUACUGAUACGACCCAAAACAAACAACCUUUCCCACUCAUGGCGCAAAUAAACUAACACAAAAAGUCAACACACGUCACACAACCUGCUCACUGAACUACAGUAUGUGGAUGUUAUAAACAAUGUCCACACAUAAACAAUGUCCACACAUAAACAAUGUCCAAACAUAGACAAUGUCCACACAUAGACAAUGUCCACACAGAGACAAUGUCCACACAUAAACAAUGUCCACACAUAAACAAUGUCCACACAUAAACAAUGUCCACACAUAAACAAUGUCUAUUCAUAAACAAUGUCCACACAUAGCCAAUGUCCACACAUACACAAUGUCCACACAUAAACAAUGUCCACACAUAAACAAUGUCUAUUCAUAAACAAUGUCCACACAUAGCCAAUGUCCACACAUACACAAUGUCCACACAUACACAAUGUCCACACAUAAACAAUGUCCACACAUAACCAAUGUCCACACACAAACAAUGUCCACACACAAACAAUGUCCACACACAAACAAUGUCCGCACACAGACAAUGUCCGCACACAGACAAUGUCCGCACACAGACAAUGUCCGCACAUAAACAAUGUCUGCACAUAAACAAUGUCCGCACAUAAACAAUGUCCGCACAUAAACAAUGUCCACAUAAACAAUGUCCACACAUAAACAAUGUCCAUUUAUAAACAAUGUCCACACAUACAUAAUGUCCAUUCAUAAACAAUGUCCACACAUAAACAAUGUCCACACAUAAACAAUGUCCACACAUAAACAAUGUCCGCACAUAAACAAUGUCCACACAUUAACAAUGUCCACAUAAACAAUGUCCACACAUAAACAAUGUCCAUUCAUAAACAAUAUCCACACAUACAUAAUGUCCAUUCAUAAACAAUGUCCACACAUAAACAAUGUCCACACAUACACAAUGUCCACACAUAAACAAUGUCCACACAUAAACAAUGUCCAUAUGCAACACAUCAUUCUAAAUUACACCCAUUUAAAUCUAUUGCAAUGCAUGAUGGGAAAAAAAAGCUGCUUGAUAUUUCUGAUUGAUUACAAAACUUUAAUGAGGUCGUCACGGAAAUAAACAAGGUAGGAGUUGAACUUUCAAUUAUAUUCCAUUUUAUAUGUAUGUAUGUAUAUAUAUAUAUAUACACGUAUAUAUAUAUAUAUGUUUCCAUUUACAUAUAUAUGUAUGUACAUAUGUUUAUGUAUGUAUAUAUAUCUAUAUGUAUAGGUUGGUAAAUAUGUAUAUAUACUAUUUGUAUUUCUAUAUAUAUGUGUGUAUAUAAAUAUAUAGGUUUGUAAAUAUGUAUGCAAAAAUUUGUAUUCAUAUAUGUGUAUGUAUAUAUACACACACAUGUACGUAUGUAUAUAUACAUGUAUGUAUGUAUAUAUAUACUGUAUACAUAUAAACAUACAUAUAUAUGUACACAAAUGUGUGAAAACAUAUGUAUAUAUAUAUAUAUACAUACACACAUAUAUAUAUAUAUAUAUAUAUAUAUAUAUAUAAUGUUACUUUAUAUGCAGCCAAUUCAAUAGAAAAAGUUUGGACACCCCUGCACUCGGUAAGAAGCUAAAUCUCUAUUGUGUUUAAAUAAAUUUGAAAAAGCAUUCAAAUAAAACCGUACAGUAGUACCUCUGUUUUUGUUAGAAAUAUUAGGAGCCUGCACUCACACCACAGUUGUCCUCGUUAGUGACUCCAACAUCAUCUAUCACUUAACACACACAUGUAGACAUGCAGGACAACACACACAUGUAGACAUGCAAGACAACACACACAUGUAGACAUGCAAGACAACACACACAUGUAGACAUGCAAGACAACACACACAUGUAGACAUGCAAGACAACACACACAUGUAGACAUGCAAGACAACACACACAUGUAGACAUGCAAGACAACACACACAUGUAGACAUGCAAGACAACACACACAUGUAGACAUGCAAGACAACACACACAUGUAGAAAUAGCAAACAACAGGCAGUAGGUGAAAUGGAGGUACUACAGUCUUUAUUUAGUGUGAAUGUGAAAUACAUGACUGAUACAUGAUUCCCUUCUUCGAGGUCCAAGUAAGAAAGAUUUCUAUUCUCUGGCAUUGGUCAGGCAGUCGCUUCUUGUAAAUAAAAAAAUCGCUUCCUCGUUCCUGUUCCUUUGCUCCUGGGACUGAAGUCACGUGACACAAAUACCUCUCCCACGGCCCUGCCUGGUGCAAACGUGGACUCGGGUGUUCAUCCGCGCCAUUUGGAUGAGUUUUUCUACGGGACUGGCGGAAGAACGGACGACAUAAAACCAGGCUAUCCUUAGUUCUCAGGGACAUCGCUUAAAAGGAAAAAAAAAAAAAAAAAAAAAAAGGAGCAGCAUUUAAAUAAAAUAUUGUAAAUAUUCCAGCGUCAAUUGAGAAAAUUGUAAAAUGAUAAUUAUUUAUGACGAGUGUUUUUUGUUUGUGUACUUGAACAUUUCUCAGGUGCGACAUUUCUCUUCUUUUGCUACCUUUUACUACACGAGUCCUGCUCUGGACUCUGGACUCACACCGUCUCCCACUAGAGCUGUCCUCGUGUGACAUAAACCCGACUAUGCAGAACCCACUUUGGAAACGGCGCGUGCCAGAGCGAACCACUAGGGAGGGGGAGCGGCCCAAGUCCCAGCAUGCUUUGUUGCGGCGUUUGGGAGGAGAAGGAAAAACAAAAAAUGCCUUUCUUGACGCGUCGAUGUAUUUUUUUUGUCCAAUCAGCCUUCAGUGUCUUGUCGAGACCGUGGGAACUAAUAAGAGGACUUUCGUCAGCCUUUUAGGUGGAAACGUGCUUUUUGAACCGUGACUGAGGCGUGUGGCGGCGCUCCAACAGGAAGUCUUUUAGCUUCCUCCCUCUUAUUUUGCCGUCUUCCUGCUUCCUUCCUUUCUUCCGGGCGUGUUUGUUUUGCUUUUCUUUUCCAACUUGAGGGAAUUUUUAAAGUUUGUGCUACUGAUGACUAAAUAAAAAGAUAUUUCCAGUAUUUGUCGCCGCAGAAGUAUCAUAGUUAACAUCUUUUUUUUUUUUUGUCCUUUUUUUGGUGCAAGUUCUUGAGCUACUGUCUAUAAAGCCAGAGUUGAUGACUAUUUAUGUAACGCUACUACCAUUUUAUAUUGAUUUGUGUUGGAACUCAGUCCUUUUCUAUAAAUAAAGUGUGAAACACGUCAUGUGACCUUUUUUUAUUUUUUUUUAUUUUUUUUUU